CCAUUCGAUUUCGAAACCUUCACGAGUGUCUCAUUAGGCGUCAAGCAACAAACCUCUGCAUAAUUUUCUUGGGAAAUGGGAGAAAACGGAAAAAGGAAAGACGCCCCAGGUGGAGGAGGGGAUCAUAAGUCCAAGAAAAAGAAGACGGGAAACGGGGGUAAAUGGAAAACUCCUCACCAGCAAGCCAAAGCGCUGUCCCAGGACGCCCAUCCGCAGCCAGGCGAUACUGGAAUUUGGAUCACUUGCGCCCGGCACCAGGAGGCCAAGGCGGCAAGGGAGAUUGGGGUGCUGUUCUCCGAGGUCUGUCGCCUCACCCUCGUGCUUAUUGCUGCCACCCUGGCCACGAAAGACAAUCACUGACUGGAGGUUCAGUACGCCGAAAAGAUGUACGGCAUCAGGUCCAUUCACGACACGCCACCUGCUAAAGAUAGCGGUGGCGACGAGGGCGGCUCCGAGGAUGAUGAUAUCGAAGCGGCUAUUCGAAAGGAGGUCGCUGCUCUCACUGCGAAGUCCUCUGCUGCCGUAGCCACUUCAACACCAGGUGAAAUUGACAACAGCAUCAACGACAACCGAAUGACGCCUCUGAAAAUGAACGUUGACUGCCUGCUGUUCGUCAAGACGCAGCCGCCCAUCGACCCUGUUGCCUUUGUGCGUAGAAUAUGCGAAGACGCGCGCCGGUGCGGGGAGGUGCCUGGGCUGAUGCGGUGUCGCUAUGUGAACCGGUUAACGCCGGUAACUAUCAUGGGGAAGGCAUCUGAGAACGGGUUGGUGGAUGUAGCGAAGGAGGCGCUGGGAAAGUGGUUCGAUCUGAGUGGGAAGAAGAAGGGUUCGGGUGGCGGUGAAGAUGAAAAGAAGACUGCCGGCGCUGUGGCCAAGGGGCAGUCAGAGGCCGUCAAGCCUCAGGCGGGGGAGAAAGAGGGAGAGGGUCUUGCAAAUCCCGAGAGGAAGCCAUUCACGUUUGCUAUCCGACCAACCAUCCGCAACCACAGCAACCUGAAGCGAGAUGUGGUGAUUAACACCAUCGCCGGUCUCAUCAACGACGAUCUUCAUAAGGUCAAUCUCACCUCGCCCGACAAGGUGAUACUCGUUGACAUCUACCAGACCGUUUGCGGUAUGAGCGUCGUCGAUGGCGAUUGGGACGAGCUCAAGCGUUACAACCUUACGGAAUUGUAUAGUCAAGGGCGAAAUGUCGAUGCCCAUCGGUCCAAAGAUUAGGGGGAGGAGGGCGCACGGGCUGGCAACAAAUAUGCAAAGCCCAUACGGAGUAUAUCCAUCUCUCGUAUUCUGAUU